AGCGGAGGAGGAGGAGGGUGUGUGAGCAAGAACUGGUCGGCGGCUAAACAGAUUCAAGCAAUGACGGCGAACCUCGUAGCGCCACGUGGUGGAGAGGCGUCGCCGAUAUACAUAAUGAGUAGUGUGAUGGUAAUGGUGAUGUGGACGUUAGUUGCGGCGGUUCCUUGUCAGACAAGUAACGGCUUAUUAGUUCAUUUGCCGUUGCCGAAGCAUCAGGUUUGGGCUAACGCCGCCGUGAGCAUCUCCGAGAGGAUCGGUGAAGAGAUGAAGAAGAAGGAGACGCGUUGCGGUGGAUUGAUGGAGGAGAUGCAGAGGAUGGAGAGGAUAGGGUUGAAGCUGAUGGAGUUUAGUGAAGGGUUUAGGUUUAAUGGGGAGGAGGAUGUGACGGCGGAAGUGGCGGAGAUGGAGGAGAUAUGUCGGAAAAUGGAAGAUGGCCUUGAAGGGUUACAAACACGAGUUAGGGAAGUGUUUCAUAGGUUGGUUAAAAGCAGAAGUGAGAUUCUUGAAGUGAUUGAUCACUGAUUAGUAAUCUUUAACUUUGUUGUGAAAAAUCUAAUCUUUGAGUGACUUAAGAAAAAGAGAAAAAAAAAUUAUAGGUCUUGAUUGUUUUAUUUUAUUUAUGAAUGAUAAUCUUUGAUGUAUAUAAAUUACAGUUUGUAAUUUAAAGAUAUGUAUACACCA